UUUGCACUUGUCUUCACCUUGGCUAUUUCCACUGUUUUGGCAAAAACUCUAACUGUAAUUCUGGCCUUUAGAGUCAUGAAACCUGGGAGAACAAUGAGAAGAUUGUUUGUCUCAGGUGUGUAUAAUGCUGUUAUCCCCAUCUGUGUCCUGAUCCAACUUAUUCUCUCUGGAGUCUGGCUGGGAACUUCACCUCCCUAUAUUGACACAGAUGUACACUCUGAAUAUUCUCAUGUCAUCAUUUUAUGCAACAAGGGUUCAGUUACAUCUUUCUACUGUGUGUUGGCUUACUUGGGGACCCUAGCUCUAGGGAGCUUCACUAUGGCAUUUCUGGUGAGGAACCUGCCUGACACAUUCAAUGAGGCUAAGUUCCUGACAUUCAGCAUGCUGGUAUCUUGCAGUGUCUGGGUCACCUUCAUCCCUGUCUACCAGAGCACCAAGGGCAAACCCAUGGUAGCUGUGGAGGUUUUCUCCAUCUUGACCUCCAGUGCAGGGCUGCUGGGAUGCAUCUUUUUCCCAAAGUGCUAUAUUAUUCUCUUAAGACCUGAUAAAAUCUCUUUGAGAUGUCUUUUCCCCACUAAUCCCCCAGCAGGUCUGCAGCAGGGUGCCACCAGUCCCUCAGCAACACCAGAUUCUGAAAGCGAGAGUGCUGCCAGCAGUCCCUCUGCACUGAUACAGUCACCACCAGAUUCUGAAAGUGAAAGUGAUCCAUGGGUGGGAACGUGGAGUCCCCGAGCAGCUCAGCCAGACUCCAUGGCCAUUCCAUUGCAGGCCUAUGGGCCCCCUGGUGAUGAUGGAAAUCAAUAA